AUUGCUCUGUGACUAAUUUGCAGCAGAACCAAAGCAACAGAACCAAAUUAUUUUACUCUUCAACAAUGGCUUCUUUGCAGAAAAGAGACAACAUAAGCUUGAUGUUUGAAGCAGACAAACCCCAUUUUUUCAAGAUAAUUCUGGAAGAUUCGGUUCGUGAUGGGAAGCUUAGCAUUCCUAAGAAAUUUGCAAGGAAGUAUGGAGAUAAUUUGCCAAGUUCUACAGUUCUUGAGGUGCCUAGUGGUAAAAAAUGGAGUAUAGAGCUAAUCAAAUCUGAUGAUGAGAUUUGGUUUAAAAAUGGAUGGCAAGAAUUUGCGGAUUUCUACGCUUUAGCCACUGGGUACAUGCUAGUGUUUCAAUAUGAUAAGAAAAAUUCCCAUUUCAAUGUCAUUAUACUUGACAAGAGUGCUUCAGAGAUUGACUAUCCAUACAAUAAUCCUGAGAAAGAACUUCAAGUGCCAAAGAGUGAAGAAGAAACUCACAUUGAUGUCUCUGCCGAAAUAUUGUAUGACCUUUCAACAUCUCAAAAAACAAGAAAGAAAUCUCCAUUGUCUUUCUCUCAGCCUAGUAAGAAGAUGAAAGUUCAUCAUUCCACAAGCAAUGAUAAAGCUGAAAAGAGAAAUGCAGGCUUGUUUAUUGGGCCACAAAGGGAAGAUGGGGUUAUGGCGAGAAAACAGCCUCUGAGAGCUGAAGAAAAGGCUAAUGUACUUCAGAAAGCAAAAAUCAAUUUUAAAUCUGAAAACCCUUACUUCAUUGUUGCAGUGCAGCCAACAUAUCUUGGAAAUAGAUUGGCUGUACCAUCAACCUUUGCCAAGAAAUAUUUCAAACAGGAGCGCGGAGUGGCCACCCUGAGCACUUCGGAUGGUAAAAAUUGGUCUGCCGAGUACUGCAAUCUUGCGUGGAAUGGAAUACCAUUAGCUAGACUAUGCAAUGGUUGGAGGAAAUUUGUAAAAGAAAAUCACCUGGAAGUUGGUGAUGUUUGUGCCUUUGAACUGAUUAAUCGCGACAAUAUUGAAUUGAAAGUUACUGUUACGAGACAUGUUGAAGAAGGUAACAAGGAGCAAUCGGUGGGUGAGAAUAGUACUAGCAGGGAGAAUACUCAAGAAUCUCCAGCUUCAGAUUCCCCCAUUACUGUUGAAGCUAUUACAGAGUUCUCCUCUCCUUAUCCAUUCUUCAAACUGGUCAUUUCGGCAAGCGUCCUAGGGCGUUCCAAUGCGGUAAGAAUCUAGUGUUAGUUCUAUAUAAAUCUAUAUAAAUCUAUAUCUAUCUAUAUAAAUAAAUAUUUGAAGUGAUGACUUA